AAACUCCCAGCUUCGGCCAGAGCUGUUCUAUCCUCCUUCAUCCCUUUGUUUCCGCCUCCCUACAUGGAGCAGUGGAAGAAGUCUAGAAGGAAACCCGGAAGCCAUGGGCAGGAGAGUGUCAGCAGGUUUUGGUUUCAACUCAGUUAGGGCGGAUGGUGUCCUUGGAGGCACACCAGGGAGACUUGGUUCCCCCAAACCCCCUGCACGCUUCCUGGAUUCCUACGAGAGACUCCUAGCAUGAGGAAUCUCCUGAUCAGGCGCUAAACACUUACUAUGUGGUGAAUAACAUACAUCCAGCAGGUGGUACCGCUGCCUAGCUGGGGUACCUUGGGUGAGAGCCACUUCUUGCCUCCGGAGCGUCAGCAACGUGAGUGCUUAGGAUGGAGAAGUGGUUUUUCAACUUUUUUUGUCCCCCCCUCAGCAGCUCAACUCUUCAACUUAAUUCAAGUGAUCGAUAGGAGAAAAGCUAGGUGUUUCUGAUUGAAAUGGGGAAGUGGGGCUGGAACUCUCUUUCCUGACUCCCUAAGUCCCCAAGGGCGGGGAGAGGGCCAACCUUUCUUUGGCCAUCUAAGACCUCAGGGGUCACUGCCUGCCAGGCUGAUUGUCCGUGUAAGAACAAAGAUGGCAGCAAGACUUGCGUGGUUACAGCUACUUGGGCACAUUAAAUUAUUAGGAAGGGAGGGUGCCUGGCUGGCUCAAAGGACCAUGUGACUCGAUCUUGUGGUAGUGAGUUCAAGCCUCACGCUGGGUGUAGAUGUCACUUAAAAAUAAACAAAUUUGCUGAGUCUGCGGUGCAGAGAUUUUAGGCUGUGUAGCAGAUAAACUUCAGAGCCCCUUUGUUAGGAGGAGGUUUUAGCCAUUUUAGAAAAGAAACGAGGGCCUAGGAGAGAUGCCCAGAGGCUCAUUUACCCCCUCCACAAUCUAGGAAAAGGAAAUUGCCACCCCUACCUUCCUAGGCCAUGGAUCCCAGGUCUUGAAGAGACUGCCCACAAUCUUGCAGAUGUUUGGCUUCCACGGUUGGUUGUUUGCCACACCCUGGGGGAACUCUGGUCCCCCACCUCCCUACCCCCUGCCACACAGGCAGCUCUGUGGCCUGUGCUGCAGGUAGGUGUGCUCAAGAGGCUGCAGACCAGGCCACCUGGCAGCUCCAGGUGCUGUGUGUGUGCUGCCAUGGAGACAGGCCCCAGGGCUGGUGGCUGGUAGAGAGAAGGCAGUCUCCCAAAGCUGUGUGGAUUCAGGAGAGGGAAAGACUGGAGCCUUGGGUCCUUCAGGUAGUCUGCCUGACCACCUAGUACCAAGGAAGCCCAGGACAUUCCUGCCAGGCCUCCCGGUGUCUCAUCUGAGGAUGGCGGAGCGGCAGGGCCAGGAGCCUGAGUGCCCUGUCUGCUGGAACCCCUUCAACAACACAUUUCACACCCCCAAAGUGCUGGACUGUUGUCACUCCUUCUGUGUGGAAUGCCUGGCCCACCUCAGCCUGGUAACUCCAGCCCGGCGCCAGCUGCUGUGCCCACUCUGUCGCCAGCCCACUGUGCUGGCCUCUGGGCAGCCGGUCACAGACUUGCCCACAGAUACCGCCGUGCUCACCCUGCUUCGCCUGGAGCCCCACCACGUCAUCCUGGAAGGCCACCAGCUCUGUCUCAAGGACCAGCCCAAGAGCCGCUACUUCCUGCGCCAGCCCCGGGUCUAUACGCUGGACCUAGGCCCCGAGCCUGGGAGCCAAACGGGAGCCCCCCAGGACGUGGGCCCUACCACCAGGUCUCUGCCCAUUCCCAUCCCCAGCCACUACUCUCUGAGGGAGUGUUUCCGCAACCCUCAGUUCCGGAUCUUUUCUUACCUGAUGGCUGUUAUCCUCAGUGUCACUCUGUUGCUCAUCUUCUCCAUCUUUUGGACCAACCAAUUCCUUUGGGGUGUGGCGUGAGCACUGCUUCUGGGCAAGGA